AUGCAUUAUGUUGGAACUUUGGCCAAUGGAAAGGUCUUCGACUCUUCAAGAGACAAAGGACCGCCUUUCACAUGCGUAAUCGGAGUAGGCCAAGUGAUCAAAGGAUGGGAUGAAGGUAUCCCUAGACUUUCGUUAGGUUCAAAAGCGAUGCUGACUUGUCCACCUGAAUACGCAUAUGGACUCAGAGGUAUGGGUGGCAUCAUUCCUCCAAACGCUACAUUGAAAUUCGAAGUUGAGAUCCUUAAUAUUCAACCUCAUUCUCACCACGACCAAAAAUCAAAACCGCAACAAGCUCAACAAGCUCCACCUGCACAUCCGGUGAAAGUACCAUCCCAACCUGAACCAAAACACCAAGGUAAAGCAUCGCAAGUGCUCAAAAAGAUUGGCAAACAGCACAAAGAUUGA